UUCAGCUCCUUGUUUCUGUUUGUUCCUCCAGAAAAAGCCAGAGAAUAUCUGCACAAAACGGGACGAUUCAUCGUGAUCGGAGGAAUCAUCUCACCGGUUCACGACUCCUACGGAAAACCUGGUUUGGUGUCGAGUCGCCAUCGCCUCACCAUGUGCCAGCUGGCCGUCCAGACGUCUGACUGGAUCAGGGUGGACCCCUGGGAGUGUUACCAGGACACCUGGCAGACCACCUGCAGCGUGUUGGAGCACCACCGCGACCUCAUGAAGAGAGUCACUGGCUGCAUCCUGUCCAAUGUCAACACGCCCUCCACCACCCCUGUGAUUGGUCAGCCACAGAACCAGACUCCGCCCAUCUACCAGGACCACAACAACAUGAACCACAAACCCACAGCCAUCAAAGUUUGGGGGAAGAUCAGUGAGAGUUUGGGUAAAAUCUGCUGCGUCCGACCCAACAUGGAGCGCUUCACGUUUGUUGAUGAAAACGCCAACCUGGGGACGACGGUGAGAUAUGAGGAGAUUGAGUUGCGCAUCUUGCUCCUGUGUGGCAGUGAUCUCCUGGAGUCCUUCUGCAUCCCUGGCCUCUGGAAGGACAGUGAUAUGGAGGUGAUUGUUGGUGAUUUUGGCAUCGUGGUCGUUCCUCGUGACGGCGUCGACACAGAGAGGAUCAUGAACCACUCCUCCAUCCUCCGCAAGUACAAGGACAACAUCGUCGUGGUGAAGGAUGCGACCCACCACCCCAUGUCCAUCGUCAGCUCCACCAAGAGCAGACUGGCCCUGCAGCACGGAGACGGACACGUCGUCGACUACCUGAGUCAGCCCGUCAUCGACUACAUCCUGCAGAGCCAGCUGUACAUCAACGCCUCGGGAUAGGGAUCCGCCUGCAUGAGACCCGCACCGUCAAUAUGGAGGACGAGGUGGGGGGGGGGGUCCUAACGCUACCAUCUAUAUAAACACCCCCCACCCCCGACACCCCGCAGAAAACUGAAACCUGUCUGUCUUCUGUGUCAACAUUUACUCUUCUUUGAGCUCCAACAGGAGCUUCAGUUCCUCCGUCUGUGUCAUGUGACUUUACCAUGGGGGGGCAAUGGGGCAUGUGGUGGGGAGGUGGGGGGGUUAAGUUAUGUUUAAAAGUCAGAGAUGCAUGGCAGACUUCUGGGCAUGCUCAGUGUGACUCCCCGUCUGCAUCAGGGUCUCUGGUUUCAUGCAUCAGGUCUGCAGAAAAAACUUCUUUCAUAAUUUCUUCUGAUUGACUGAAUUUAGUCUGAAAUCUGCA